AUGGCUGGUGUCAUCGAGAAGGCGCCUGGAAAAGAUGACGUUGUCUGCCAUUACCUGCCGCAUCGCCCGGUAGUAAAGACCCAUGGCACGACGAAAAUAAGACCAGUAUUUAACGCCUCUGCUUGCAAGAAGGGUUACCCGUCGUUAAACCAGUGUUUGGAAACGAGCCCGAACUUAAUCGAACUAAUACCGUCGUCCUUAAAUAGAUUUCGAGAAGGAGAAAUCGGUAUUGUGGCAGACAUCAAAAAAGUAUUCUUACAGAUUACCGUAAACGAGACUGAUCGCGAUUACCUUCGUUUCUUCUGGGUAGUAAAUAACGAAAUUGUGAUUUUUCGUCAUUGCCGGGUAGUUUUUGGCCUAGCAUGUAGCCCCUUUUUAUUAGCAGCUAUUCUUGAGUUAUAUUUAUCGUCAUAUCUGGAAUACGCCGGAAAAGUUCGUAGUACAGCAGAGAAAUUAAAACAGUCGUUCUACGUCGAUAAUUGCCUCACGAGUGCAAAUUCGGAUCGCGAAGUAAAGGAAUUUAUACAAGAAGCCAUCGAUUAUGACGGCGGGCGGUUUCGAGUUACGGAGAUGGAAAGUCUCGGGUGA